AAGAGAGAAAGAGAGCCGACCGACGAUGGCUAAAUUUAUCGCGACACUUUGUCUCCUGUGGCUGUCGGUGCUGGUGCUGAUCGGGUUCGCAUCCCAACCGGUCGUAGCCCGCCGGCAUCCACUGCUGAUCGAGGACGAGGGAGCACGCCGUAACCGGCCCGCAGAGUGCCAGUUUGGGAAGACCAUACGCGAACUGCAUACGACCUGGUUUGCCGAUUUGGGCCCCCCGUUCGGCGUAAUGUACUGCAUCAUGUGCGAAUGUGUGCCGUUCCAGAAGAAGCGGCGCGUUGUGGGACGUGUCCAGUGUCGCAACAUCAAGAACGAAUGCCCGAAACCGACCUGCGACGAUCCGAUCCUGCUGCCGGGAAGAUGCUGCAAGACCUGUCCGGGAGAUGCUCAGAGUCCUGACGUGGUGCAAGAUCUUCCCCAGGCGACGAUGCCGGAAGAGGAGGAGCGCAGCAAACAUUUUGCGGCCCUACUAACUGGCCGUACCUCAUCGCUACUAAAGAAAGACGACUUAGGCACAAUGUACACGACACUCAACCCGCAGAACGUGGUCGCUACUGGACGAUUCUCGUUUCACAAGAAGAAUCUGUACUACAGCUUCUACGUGUCGGAGCGUGCCGCACGGCCCCGAGCAAUUCAGUUCGUGCACGCCAACGGCAACAUCCUGGAGGAGCACACGCUCGCCCUGCCAUCCGACGAGGGUCGCCUGAGCUCGUACCAGAACGGUACCGGCAAGGUGUGCGGCGUUUGGCGCCGUGUACCGCGCGAAUAUCGCCGCCUGCUGCGUGAUGAGCUGGUGAGUGUGGUGCUGCUGUGGGGCAGCAAGCAUCAGGCUGAGCUGGCAAUAGCCGGCCCGAUCGCGAAAUAUCCUGCACUUGCGCACGAACUGUUCAGCUCACUGCUGGAACCGACCGCCCAGCCGGAGAUGAUGAGCGGUGCCGGUGGUACGGCGAUCGUGUCCACCAGCAGCGGCGUCACCUCCUCCAUCCAUCUGACGAUCGUGCUGAACGGAUUGUUUGCACCGGAGGAUGUGAGCGAUGUGCCGCUAAGCGUGCGCCUGGAAUCGCUCGACAAGCGGCAGCUGAUACUGGAGGACGUGCAGCGCGUUCGCAAACCAGCGCACGACAUCAACGUGCUCGAGGUAUCGUCGCCCGUAUCCGUGAGCGAUCUGCGUCUGCUAACGCGCGGCAAACUGACGCUAACGGUUGAGUCGCGCCGGAACGCGGAUAUGCUCCGGCUGCAGGGUCCGGUACGGGGACGGGUCGCGUGCGAAGUAUUCCAAACGCUGCUCAGCUCACACGGCGUGGAUGUACGCAGCGAUGCGAGCGGACUGGCCUGGAUGUAUCAGAACCGUGAAGGAGCGCUAGUGUACCAUGUGCAGACGCAUCAUCUGCACGGUCAGCCGGGCACAUCGAGCCCGGUGCUAACGCUUAUCGACGACAGUGCCAAGCGCAAGCCGGAACUCGAAACACUGACCCGAGCGUUUGCCGGUGAGCAUGCGUCGGGUGUUAUCGACCGGAUGGGACCGCGCGUACUGGAACCGCUCUACUCGGGCGAGCUGGCAAUACAGGUAACCAACGAUCAGAAUCUCACCCUGCUGCAGGGCAAGUUCGUGACGCGCCAGGUCGCGGACGCCCGGGACUCUAGUGCGCCGGUACUGUUGCGCCGCACCGCCGAGCUGCCACCACUCGCACACGCGGUCGGUAUGGCCUGGAUGGCGGUAGACAAUGAAUGCACCCUGCACUACGACCUAUCACUUACCGGCGUACCGAGUGCCUUCCAUCCGCUGCAGCUCUACCUCGAGGAGCUACCGCUCGAAGCACCGAACGCACCGAUAAGCCGCCGUCUGCUGGAAGACUUUGGCGGCAAUCAGCUGGAGGGUUUCCAGCUCGGCCUACCGCCCCGUGAUCUGGCCAAGCUCGAGACGAGCGUUAUAUACCUGGAGGUGCGCUCAAACAGUACGACCGAACCGCUGCUACGUGCCCGCGUCCACACGCCCACACGCGUCCCAAGCCACUGUACCGGUGGGUUGGACAAUGAGGUGCAGCAGGAUCCGUUCGCUGCGAACGAUGUACCGGUAGCUGCCAACGAGAAAUGCUUCCAUUCUGGCCGCUUCUACGACGAGGGUGAAACGUGGCGCAGUGCGGUGGAGGCUUGCACCAUGUGCUCCUGCGACCAUCAGCAGUACAAGUGCGAGAAGAUGAAGUGUCCUCCGUUGAGGUGUCGCAAGGAAGAUAUUGUACAGAAGAAGGGCGAAUGCUGUCCAUCGUGUGCUGCACCGAAAUCUUCAGCGGGCAAUGGACUCCCAGCGGCGGCGGUAACUACUGUCAGCAGUGGCAGCUCGAACGCUCAGCGCGGCUGCAGCCUUGGCGAUGAGUUCCACGAGGCAGGCACGACAUGGCAUCCCUAUCUGCAUCCGAGCGGCUACGAAACCUGCACCAUCUGUACUUGCGAGCUGUUUACGCUGCAGGUGAAGUGUGCCCGUGCCCAGUGUCCACCGCUGCCGUGCAGCGACAAGGUGGCGUACCGACCGGACAAGAAGGCCUGCUGCAAGGUCUGCCCGCAGGUGAAGGAACCGAAGGUCCCGAAAAAGGUGCACGCAGGCCGACAGGAUGUGCAGUACGAUGAGGCCGGCAGCUCGGUCGGUACGCUGCGUUCGCCCCAGGCGAUCCUGGCGGCCGGUGGCUGCCGUUACGAGGAAAACAUCUACGAGAACGGCCAAGAGUAUCAUCCGGUGCUGGCGACGCACGGCGAGGAGAAGUGCAUCAAGUGUCGCUGUAAGGACGGACAGCUAAACUGUAGUCGCAAGCGAUGCAACCGAGCCAUGUGCAACCGACAAAAUGCCAAGCGUCCCGGUCAACAGCAGCAGCAGCAGCAACAGCAGCCACAACCUGUCGAUGAGUGUUGUCAGUGUCGGCCUGCCCGCCAUCACCGAAAGCGACAGCAGCAGCAGCAACAACAGCAGCAAACGAGUGUGAAGAGUUGAAUUGAUAUAGUUUUGAGCGUAGCGACGCGGAGUACCGUGGGUUUCCCUGUGCCAUGUUAAAGUGUGUUGCUCGCGGGGCUCCGCCAAUCCACACACUUACCUGUUUUACCAUCCUCUCCUUAUCCCCUACAUUCUUCUC